GCUCCUCCCCAGACUUCGCACUCUCACUUUGUGACCGCAGGGAAGUGCAGGCGCGGUGGGAGGGAGGUGCUCAUGUGUGCGGACGGCGGACACUGCACCAGCUGAUCAGAUUUUUUUUGUGUUGUUAUUACCAUAAUGUACAACAAAGAUCUGGAUGCGGAAGACAACCCACUAAAAAAUGAUGUAAAAUCUCUGGAAAACAAUGAUGCAAGUGGAGAAAAGGAUGUACACAUUAAACAGAAGAGUGGGCUUACACGCUUCUCUCAAGUUCGUACAGCUGCCUUUUUUGGGGCUUUAUUUCUUUGCCUCGCAGCAGUGUUUGCUUUUUCAUUUAUCAUUCCUUGCCCAGUGAGACCCUUUUCCCGGAGAACAUGGAGUGCGCAAUAUGACAAUGCUGUUGGCUACAUGUUCCUUGCUACUGAAGAUGUGAAUGGGGAUAAUGUGCAAGAUGUUGUUUUUCUUUUUAAAACUGAUAAUUCCAGCAACUUGAAUAUAUCCUGUGCAGAUGGAGAUUUUAAGUCUCCAUGCUUCUUUUUAUCUGCUUUGUCCGGGACAAAUGGGAGCACUUUGUGGGUCAAACCAGUUAGUGAUGACAAUAUUCAGUUAGUGCAAUGUGGAAUCCAUAACCUUGGUGGUGCAGGACAUUCUGGUUGUCUAUUAAUUGGAAGUUCAGAAGUCAUAUUAGCCGUUGAUGCAAAAUCGGGAAAAUAUUUUGUGGAGAAAGCCAACUGGAAUUGCAUUUAACUCAGUGGUUUUAAAGCCUUUGCUGAAAAUCCCUGAUAUGGAUGAGGAUGGUAUAGAAGAUCUGAUGAUUAUUUUAACCAUCGAACAAGAACCACAUAGUGCCAUAUUCUCUGGAAAAAGUGGUGACCGUAUUGGCCAAACUUGGAGAAUUGAUAGAGAAAAACCAAAUGGUCUUUACACUCAUAUUACAAAGUCAAAGGCAGAGUAUGUGUUGUUCUACACAGAUAACACUAUUAAAGGAUAUUCUGUCAACGACCUAUGUUCUACAACAGCAGGCCAACCAAGCAAACUUUCAGACUCCAAACAUGACCCUGAAUGGCAAGCACAGAUGAAAGACUUUAUACCCAUCGUAUCUGAGAGCUCAGGUAGAAUUCUCUACUUGUUAAAUGUUCCUGGGAGUUAUUACAACAACAUUUUGGUUGUGAAAUCAGAAGUUUCAGAACUGCUUGAUGGACAAAAGUUUCGAUCUUUGUGGUCUGUGAACACAACAGAUAUUUUAAGUAAACCCACACUGGGCUAUUUCAAGAGAGAUGUUUUGUCAAUAAUAAUGGAAAUUGGAAUUGGAAAUAACAGAAAGAAGGUUAUUAUUAUAGAUAGCAAAAGUGGGACUCUGCAAUGGGAAAUUGAAAUGAAUGUAGGAACUGUCAGACAAAAUCCUGGUGUAUUGAAUACAGGCGACCACCGCUCCACUUUCCUUUUCUGGGGAGAAUAUUCAACUGAUUCUAAUAACACUAUGGAGCUGAAAGAAAACCUGUAUAUGUUUCACCCAUCCCAGCCAAAAGUACUUAUGCAUCUAAGUAGUCAUACUGAAAAUGUUAUCAUAUUUGGUGUGGCUUUGUUUGAACGCAGCCGGCAUGCCUGCUAUGUUCUGAUCACAGGACCUCAAAUGAUGGAAAACCCAGGCAAUCUGACUGUAUCUAAGAGGAGAUUAAAGGAGGAUAUCAGUAAUGCAACAGUGAUUGGGCUUGGGACUGAAGAGGUCGACACUGAAGAGAUAAAGAGCUAUUUCUCCAGGAUGAGAUAUUCCAGCCACUAG